AAUCUCUUUGCAUAAUUAAAUGAUGAAAUGAAUUUUCUUACAUUUUUAAGAUUGAUAAAACACUGUGUUAUUACUUAUUAUUUCUUAAUUGAUUACUAUUAUUUGAUGCUUAAAUGAAACGACUGCAAUGUUUGGAAAAUAGUUAUUGUCUAAAGGCUUAUGUUCAUUGUUUACAAAAAAUAGUUUUAUUUGGAGAAGGUAAGUUAUGGUUAUUACAUUGUUGCAUGCGUCUUUGUCCAGCCUAAGUAUGAUCAAAUUAGAGAUAUAUAGCGCAGAUGGUAUAUUGGGAGCGCAUAUAAAAUUGCGGAAUAGAAUACCGAAUAUAAAAGGUGCUCAUGUUUUCAUGAAUACCAUAAAAUAAAUGGCACUCUUGUUUUCAUGUUUAUCGCAGAAUUGAUCCAACUAAUAUGGAAUACUUUCAGGACGAUGACAAGUACAGCAGCCGACAUCGGGCACAUUCACGUUCUCGUUCAGAUAGUCGAAGUAGACAUAAGUCUCGGAAAAGAUCCCGAAGUGAUAGUGAACGAACUGAUGUCAAAAAGUCGUAUUAUCGUUCAUCAAGCAGAAGUAGUGCAUCAAGUCGAAGUAGUAGCAGUUCGUCUUCGGAUAGCAGUUUUUCGAACCAUUCCGGAAGCCAUACACGAAAAGCAUUUAGAUCUCAGACACCCAGCAGAGAUCGAGAUUCAGAAGACAGUGAUGAACAAAAGGAAAGAAGAGCAUUGCGUAAACAGAUUCGUGAAAAAGAAAUAGCUUAUGCUGAUAGGCUACGUAAAUGGGAAGCACGUGAAAGAAGACAGGCGAAAUUAUAUGAGCGGGAUGAACAACGAGAAAAACAACGUAAGCGUGAUAUGCAAAAAGAAGCGAAAAAAUUGAAACAUUUCCUAGAAGAUUAUGACGAUGAACGCAUGGAUCAAAAAUAUUACAAAAGUUCUUCACUGUUUCAACGCCGGCGUGAUUUUGAACGUGAGCGUGAAGCAGAUGCUAAAGAUCGGCAGCGUGAGCAACAAGAAAUCGAGGAACUCAAAAAACAAAUCUUGGCUGAGAAUGCGAAUGUUGAAAAUCCGGAUGAAGAGGCCAGAAAAAGGCAUGAAGAACAGGAGGAAGCUCUAUUACGGAAACUACGAGCAGAUUCUGGAAGUCCAAAUCCACAUCGUCCUUUGGGUCAGAAACCGUUGCCAUCUGAGCCAGAAAAAGAUGUGGAGAGUGAAGAAUCUGAAAGCGAUUCUGAAAGUGAUGGAAGCGCUGAGGAAACUCUCAAAACGGAGAAGCCUGAGAAGCGGAGUAGUUGGAAAGCUGUAGCAUCUGAAGGCACUCCUGUUGCAAGUUCACCAGUAGUGAGUGUAGUAUCACCUUCCGUAAUGUCGUCAUCAGUCGCAAGUCCAGCUAUUGUACGUACGGAUGUUAUCACUCCUGCACGGCCGUCAACAAGUUCUCACCUAAAUGGCGUAUUCGGUUUCGAAGAAAAUGAUGAAGAUGCAGCGUUUCGGAAAAAGAAGUUGAAACCAUUCGAAAUUACUGAAGAGGACCGCAUUCAGGCGAUGACAUCGGAAGAACGCAAACAGAUGAUCAAGGAUUUAAUAGAUCGGAUUCCAACUGCUAAAAAUGAUUUAUUUGCUUUUCCCAUCAACUGGAAUUACGUCGAUAAAUCUCUUGUUGAACAAAGAGUUAAGCCUUGGGUUUCGAAAAAAAUAACAGAUUAUAUCGGUGAAGAGGAAGCUUCAUUGGUUGAUUUUGUUUGUGAAAAAGUGACAUCGAAAACUGAUCCACAGAAAAUCCUCUCCGACAUCGCUAUGGUUUUGGAUGAUGAAGCAGAAGUUUUCGUUGUAAAAAUGUGGAGACUGUUGAUCUAUGAAUCAGAAGCAAAGAAAUUAGGUCUGUCAAGGAAAUCAUAAGUUAUGCGUUUUCCUAUAUUAGCCGUUUUCAUUGAAUUUGGUGUUCAUUAUUUUGGUGCUUCUGUUGCUUAUUUUGUGCUGCAUUCACUGUGUGCAGAUGCAGUAAAAUGGUCAUUUUCAAAUGUUUCGCGAACUGCUGUUUAAAACAAUGUGUUUUGUUUGAUAAUCAAUGUAGGCGUCUUCUACAAUCACUUUUAUUAUAUUGAUUUUAUUUGUAGUAUGAGAAAAGAGUAGCAGUAUUUUUAAGUUGAAGGAGUGUAUCAAUUUUUUAUCAGUUUUAAUAGCUCCAUACUUGUACAGCAACUGUCCCAAUACCACAUUCUUGUCUUUGCUUAGAAAAAUGAGCAAUUGAUCUUAUGCUUAAGAUCAACGAUUCUUAAAUAUUUCAGUAAAUCCAAUUUUAACUACUGUUUGUGUUGUGAAAGGAUACCUACGGCUGCUUGUUCUCAGUCAUUGUUUUUAUGAUAAAGGAAUAUGAAGCAUUUGUUUUCGGAUUACUUUGUCAAUACCUUUGAAAUUAAACAUUUAACACUUGCG